AUGGACGCUAAACUCGGCUACAACGGGUACCCUGCCCCCCAACCCUCGUCCUGGGAUCAACAAGGCCCCCCACCACCACAGUAUGGAUACCCCGAACAGCCUCCAAUGUACCAACAACCACAAUACCCUCAAUAUCCUCCUCAACAGUCUUCAUACCCUCAACAACAACAACCACAAACCGGCUUUUCCGCUCAAACCCCGCAAGACCCCUCCACAAAAUUCCCCCGCGGCCUUGAAGUCGUCUUCACCAGUUGGACCGGCCGCCACAUGCGCGUAACAGAAGAAACUCACGACGGCCCCCUUGUUUACUCCGCAGACCUCAAAACCCGCAAACCCCACAUGCUCUUUAAAGCCGAGGGCUCGGCCAACCUCCCCGCAACCGUGACCUUCCACAGCUUCAGCCGCACGAUCGACAUCAACAUCAACGGCGAAGACAUGGCACUGCGCACAAUCAGCAAAUGGCGCUGCGAGUACGCAUUCAACUCCCACGCCCUCGGCGGAACACAGCUGGUCUGGAAGCGGCCUAGCAGCUGGAACUGGAAAUACAUGAACAUCGAGUGUACCGAUGAGAAUGGGACCGUGUACGCCCGAUUCGACUCGCACAUGGGGUGGAGUGGGAAGAAGGCGGGUCGACUGAGCAUAUUGGAGCCGGCUGCAGCGGGCGGGAAGGCGGCUGUGGAUGAAAUUGUUGUCACUGGGCUGGCAGAUGUUUAUCUGCAGCUGUCUUCGAUGAUGGCUGCCAAUGGAAGCGCCGCUGCUUCUAGUGCUGGUGUUGCUGCUGCGGUAUCCUAA